CAACAAAGAAGAGUAGCCUACAAGCAACGCAUAACAAUCGCUACGCAUGAAAAAACAAACGGCUUCCAGUUUAGAGAACUGUCACAUCCUCAGAGAAACACCUCAAGGCCAUCUUCUAAACCUGCUCGAAAGUUCAGGGUGAGCCUCAAUGCCAAACGUCCUAGGAUGUCUUUUGUGGGCAAGAAGGCUCCUUUUGCAGAACGAACAAAAACUCUAAGUGAGGGAGGACCCCGUGGGAAACCUGGACCAAGGGACUCUUUUCCCAGAUACAACUCGUUUAAUGACCCACACUUAUUGCGUUAUUAUGCACGGAAGUUUGGGUUUGAAUUAAGCCCCCCAUCCACCCAUUCUGCAAGCCGUGUGAAGCAUGUACUUAAUAAAAGAAAUGGUGGCAACCUGUCAGGAAAAGGGCCAAGAAAGGAGACGAAAGGAAUUUACAAAGUUAAAGUGAAGACAGGAGACAAGAUAAAUGCAGGGACACUUGCCAAGGUGUUUUUGAUGGUGAACGGAUCUAAAGGAAGGAUAAACAAACAAAGACUAUGUGAGGUCUCAGGGUCGGACCCGUCCACAACUUUCCAGUUCAGCCCUGGAUCUUGUCACACUUUUGAUGUGGAUGGACCAGACAUUGGUGAUAUUAAGAGCAUAUAUCUAGAGCAUGAUGGCCUACUGGAGAAACACGCCUGGUUUGUGGAGGAAGUCUCUAUUUAUAGUGUGACGAAGGAAAAAAGUUGGCAGUUCACGUGUCAUAAAUGGCUGUCCCUUUUCCAUAACGACUGCCAGAUUGGGCGUACCUUCUACCCGGCAUCCACCACCGACCUCCAGACCCUUUCGGGCACCCAUACAAAAAAUGCAGUGUAUGAGGUGGUGACCAUCACUGGCGAUGUUAGAGGGGCAGGGACAGAUGCUAAUGUUUUUGUCACUCUGUUUGGAGAAUAUGGCACCACUCCCAAGGUGCACCUGGCCAGCAAAAGCAGAACGGCGUUCGAGAAAAACAAAACCGACGUGUUCCGAAUCAAAACGCACAAUGUGGGACCCAUUAAAAAGCUGAGGAUUGAGCACGACAACACUGGCAUGAGCGCCAGCUGGUUCCUGGACCGGGUUGUGGUGACUGACAUGAACAGGCCCCACCUCCGCUUCUACUUCCCCUGCAACAACUGGCUGAGCAAAGAGGAGGGUGACGGGCUGUAUGUGCGCGACCUCCUGGGGAGCCUCAACCCCAUGGAUGUCCCCAAAUUCAACAAGUACUGUGUGAGCGUAUUCACUGCUGAUGUGAAGGGCAGUGGGACCGACGCAGAUGUCUUCCUCAAUAUCUUUGGGGAGAAUGGAGACACAGGUGAGAGAAGGCUAGACAAUGACAAGGACAACUUUGAGCGGGGCACAGAGGACAAGUUUAUCAUGGAGGCCCCAAACCUAGGGAGGCUGAGGAAAAUAACCAUUGGCCACAAUAACAAGGGCUCAUCUGCGGGGUGGUGCCUGGAUAAGGUGGUGGUUGAUGACAUGGGAAACAAGGAGGUGUAUGAGUUCCCGGUUAACCGCUGGUUCGCCAUGGAUGAGGACGACGGGAAGAUCCAAAGGGAUGUGCUAGUAGGGGGUAGUCAGCCCACAGGCAUUGUGUACAAUAUCCAGGUGAUGACAGGGGACGUCAGGGGCGCUGGCACCAACUCCAAGAUCCACAUCAUCAUGCACGGCACCAAGGGGCUGAAGAACAGCGGGAAGGUGUUCCUGGAGGGGGGCCAGUUCGAGCGGGGGCUCAUCGACAUCUUCAACGUGGAGAUCGCCGCCCUGAUCAGCCCCCUCAGCCGCGUCACCAUCGGCCACGACAACUGCGGAGUGAGCGCCGGCUGGUACUGCGAGAAGGUGAUAGUGUACUGCCCCUUCACGGGCAUAGAGCAGACGUUCCCCUGCGGGAAGUGGCUGGACGAGGACGAAGGGGACGGACUGAUUGAGAGGGAGCUGUACGAGAUGGUCUCGCUCAGGCAGAAGAAGCAGAAGAAACAUCCUUGGUCUUUGUGGAUCUGGACUUCUGAUGUGAAGGGGGCUGGAACCGACGCUCAGGUCUUCCUGCAGAUUUAUGGGGACAAGGGCAAGUCUGAUGAGAUGAGGCUGGAAAACAACUCAGACAGCUUUGAACAGGGUCAGCUAGAUAAGUUCAUGAUUGAGAUGCCUGAUCUGGGGAAGAUAAUGAAGCUCCGUGUUUGGCAUGAAAAGAGGCACCCAUUCGCUGGCUGGCAUUUAGACAGGGUCUCAAUAAUGAAGACACUGACGAAGGAGAAGUACUCAUUCAGCUGUGGGCGCUGGUUGGAUAUUAACGAAGAUGACAACGAGAUUGUUAGAGAGCUUCCCGCUACAGGAGAUCUUAUUCCCGAACCCCUGCCAUUGAUAAAGUACCGCAUCACCAUAUGCACGGGGAACGUCAGUGGCAGUGGGACAGAUGCCAGCGUCUUCCUCUGUCUGAUCGGAGACCUGGGGGACACCGGGGAGCGCCUCAUGUUCACCAGCAAGAACAAUGUCAACAAGUUUGAGAAGGGGAACGCAGAUGAGUUCCUGAUCGAGGCUGUGACACUGGGGCAGGUGCGCAGGGUGCGGAUUGGGCACGACGGACGGGGCGGGGGCUGCGGCUGGUUCCUGGACAAGGUGGUGGUCAGAGAAGAGGGCCAGCCUGAGUCUCAGGCGGUGGAGUUCCCCUGCUACCGGUGGCUUGACCAAAAUGAGGAUGAUGGCCAGAUUGUUCGGGAGUUGGUGCCAUCAGGGGAUGGGCAGCGUCUUCAUAACAUCAGUUACCACAUCUCGGUGAAGACUGGCAAUAUCAGUGGGGCUAGCUCCGACUCCAAGGUCUUUGUUAAACUGUAUGGGGAGAAGGGUGACACCAGCAAGAUGAUGCUGGUGGUCUCCGACAAUGACCUGCGCAACUAUUUUGAGACUGGCCGGGUCGACGUUUUCACUAUCGAAACAUUUGAUAUCGGAAAAAUCAACCGUCUCUUGAUUGGACACAACAACGAGGGCUUGCGGGCUGGCUGGUUCUUGGACAGUGUUCAGAUCACGGUUCCGGUCCAUGGGCUGCAGUACAUGUUCCCCAGCCACCGCUGGCUGUGUAAGGACGAGGCGGACGGGAAGGUGGAGGUGGAGAUCUACCCCAGCGAGAUUCUCGAAAUUGAAAAAUUGGUUAAUUAUGAGAUAACAGUGAUCACUGGGGACGUCCGGGCUGCUGGCACAAAUGCCAACGUCUUCAUUCAGAUCUAUGGAGAGGAAGGAAAAACAGAGCUCAUCACUUUGAAGAGCAGGUCUAACAACUUUGAAAGAGGAACCACUGAGAUAUUUAAGAUUGAAGCUUUGAAUGUUGGCAAGAUUGUGAAGGUCCGGAUAGGUCACGAUGGGUCGGGCAUCGGCGAUGGCUGGUUCUUGGAAAAGGUGGACAUCAAGCGUGUGACCGUGGCCAUGGUGCAGAAGGAGGCCAAGAAGGAGGAGAAGAAGGACAAGAAGAAAAAGAAAAAGAAGAAGGAAGAAGAAGAGGAGGAAGAAGCUGUGAUGGAGCUGCAGGAAGUGGUGGAAACCUACAACUUCCCAUGCGAGCGAUGGUUGGCCCGGGAUGAGGAGGAUGGAGAGCUGGUGGUGGAGCUGCUCCCUGAAGAUGGAGGAGACUUGGAAGACAACACAUAUGAAGUACACGUCUUCACGGGAACCAUGUGGGGAGCUGGCACCGAUGCCAAUGUUUUCAUCAACAUUUACGGGGAAGUUGGUGACACAGGAGAGCGGCGCCUGAAGAAGUCCAAUCACCUCAAUAAAUUCGAGAAAGGCCAGGAAGACAUCUUCUCCAUCUCCGCUAUCGAUCUGGGGCCGCUGAAGAAACUGCGGAUUCGUCAUGACAACACGCAGGCACACUCCGCCUGGUUCCUUGACCGAGUGGAAAUUGUGGACUGCAAGGACGAUACCAUGUACUACUUCCCCUGUAAGCGUUGGCUGGCCAUUGAUGAGGAUGAUGGACAGAUUGCCAGAGAGCUGGUGCCAGUAGAUGAAGCAUUCAUGAAGAAGGGUGAUGACGAUGAAGAAGAUUCCGGGGCCACGCUGGGACUGGAGCAGAAAUCCAUGUCAACAACAUAUACCCUAAGAAUCAAGACCGGGGAAAAGAAAUACGCUGGUACAGAUGCCAAUGUCUUUGCUAUCUUGUAUGGUUUAAAGGAUGAUACAGGGAUAAUAAAUCUCAAGGCUUCUAAGACCCACAAGAACAAGUUUGAGCAGGGGAUGAUCGAUGUGUUCACAGUGGAGGCUGUGGAUAUUGGUGUUCUGAAGAGACUGCGCAUUGGUCAUGAUAACUCAGGGGGCUCAGCGGGCUGGUUUCUGGACUGGGUGGAAAUCGACGCCCCCUCCGUGGGUCAGAAGCUGCGCUUCCCCUGCGGUCGCUGGCUGGACAAGUCAGAGGACGAUGGCGCCAUCGUGAGGGACCUGUACCCCGCCGAGCUGCAGACGGAAGUCUACAUCCCAUUUGUGCCUUACGAGAUUAAAACGUUUACGAGCGACAUCUUUGGGGCGGGGACCGACGCGGACGUGUUCAUCGCUCUGUACGGCCGAGACGCUGUGUGCACCCAGCAGAAGUCUCUGUGCGUCAACAAGAGGGAGAGGCUCAUGUACUUUGAGAGGGGUGCUGAAGACAUGUUUAUUGUGGAGCUGGAGGACGUGGGUGAUGUCAUUGAAAAGAUCCGAAUUGGACAUGACAACCGAGGCGUGAAUCCUGGGUGGCACCUGGACAGGGUUGAGAUCAGAAGACUUCUGAGAAAAGGAAAGGGUUCAGAGACCGUCAUCUUCCCCUGUGAACGCUGGCUGGCCAAGUCAGAGGACGAUGGGGAGACGGUGAGAGAGCUGGUGCCUUCUGACAUCAUUCAGGAGAAACUGCUGAGAGAUGGCACACUGAAGCUCACCGAGACCGAGGUGGAAGAUGCCCUGGAGACGCAUACCUACAAGGUGUCUGUGAUGACUGGGGAUGUGUAUGGGGCGGGCACCGAUGCCACUGUGUACCUCACCAUCUACGGAAACCUGGGCGACACCGGGGAACGCAAGCUCAGCAAGUCCGAGACCAACAGCAACAAGUUUGAGAGGGGAUCGGUGGACAAGUUCACCAUCGAAGCGGUGGACCUGGGCCAGGUCUUCAAGAUCAAGAUUCGCCAUGACAACACCAUGAUCAGCCCGGACUGGUACCUGGACCAGGUGGAGGUGGUGGAUGUGGAAACGGAGGAGGUUUACCUGUUCUUGUGUGAACGCUGGCUGUCCAAAAAGAAAGAGGACAAAUGCAUCGAGCGGUUCUUCUACGUUAAGGGGUAUGAGGGAGAGAGAGAGAGUCUCCACAGCUCCAAGAAGAGUCUGAAGGGUUCCUCGAUGAGCAUGAAGAGUCUGGACAGCAACAUGAACAAGAAGAACAAGAAGAAGAAGGAUGAAGAGGUCAUUGAAGAUGGGCCUCUUAUCCCGUACCACUUCACUGUCGCCACCGGGGUGGAGCGCGACGCCAGCACCACGAGCCGCGUCUACGUCAUCAUCAUGGGGACAGACCAGGUUGAGACAGACCGGCUUUGGCUGGACCUGCCAGAUGAGAAGAAGUGCUUUGCCGCUGGCUCCCUCGAGAAGUUUGAGAUAUAUGGCCUCGAUGUCGGGGAGAUCAAGAAAGUUGAGCUGGGACACGAUGGAGCUACACCUGAGAGCUGCUGGCUGGUGGAUGAGCUGUCUGUCGCCGUGCCUACCAAAGGGGUCAUGUACGUCUUCCAGUGUAAAUGCUGGCUGGCCAAAGACAGGGGGGAUGGGCUGACGGCACGGGUGUUCAACGUGCUGGAUGCAGACAGCGUCACCAUUGCCCAAAAGGUUAUCUGUCAGGCCACAGUUGUUACAGGGGAUGUUCAAAAUGCAGGGACAGACACCAAUAUCUACCUGUCUCUAUUUGGGGCCAAUGGGAGCACAGAGGAGAUCCUUCUGCAGAAGAAUGAAGACAGGUUUGAGAGGGGCCAGGAGGACACCUUCAAUCUGGAGAUAGACGACAUCGCUCCGCUGAAGAAGAUGAGGGUUCGCAUUGAUGGGACUGGAAGCCGUCCUGAUUGGUUCCUGGACAAGAUCAUCUUGCGGAAUUUGACCACGGAGGAGGUGUCCGUGUUCACCUAUGAAGAUUGGUUGUCCAAGACCAAAGGGCCCAAGCGGACCCUGACUUGUGAGAUGGCUGCUGUGGUGGACGAUGAGGAAAUGGUGGAGAGAACGACCUAUAUCAUACAGGUCAAGACCAGUGAUGUCACAGGGGCUGGCACGGACGCCAACGUGUGCCUCAUCGUUUUCGGGGAGAACGGGGACACGGGCACCCUGGCGCUGAAGGAGUGCAGCAACACCAACAAGUUUGAGCGCAAGCAGACGGACGUGUUCCGCUUCCCCGACGUCCUGAGCCUGGGGGACCUGUCCAAAGUGAGGGUGUGGCACGACAAUACAGGUCCAGCUCCGGGCUGGCACCUGGAGCACGUCGAUGUGAAAGACGAGCUGCUGGACAAGACCUUCCGCUUCCCCUGCGACCGGUGGCUGGCCAAGAGCGAGGACGACGGUCAGAUCAUGCGGGAGCUGCCAUGUGCCAACAACGACUUCCUGGACCUCAACGAAAAGACGAAAUAUGAAAUAGUCGUCACGACGUCUGACAUGGAUGACGCAGAGACCAAGGAAAAUGUCUGGAUUAUACUUGAGGGGAGAAAGGGACGAUCGAAGGAAUUUGUAAUGGAGAAUUCAUCCAAGAAAAAGCGGUUCUUAAGGGGGAGCACUGAUAAAUUUGAGUUUUCCUCUAAAACCUUGGGUGACAUUGCGGGCAUCUGCCUUGGGCACACUCCAAAGGAUGGUAAAAAGGUGAAGAGCGAGGCCUACUGGCACGUGGAGGAGGUCAUCAUCACAGAGAAAGAGCUGGGGAACAAGUUUAUUUUCCAGUGCAACGCACAGAUCCCACUGUCGGCCAAGAGGGAUGAGUUCAGGACCUUUGAGUGCACCAAGGCCAUAGAGAGCUUUGCCAGUAAGGCCCGCAGCCUGGUGCCAGUCAAGUACGAGAUCAUCGUGAUAACGGCCGACGAGAAGGGCGCGGGCACCGACGCCAACGUGUCCAUCACCAUACACGGGUCCAACGGCGACUCCGGCCAGCGGCCCCUGCGCCAGAAGUUCCGGAACCUGUUUGAGCGGGGGCGCACCGACCGCUUCCUGCUGGAGAUGCUGGACAUGGGCGACCUGCUGAGCGUCCAGAUGGAGCACGACAACUCCGGCAUCAACCCCGGCUGGCUGCUGGACCGCGUGGAGGUCACCAACACCGCCAACGGGGUCACCACCAUCUUCCUGUGCGGGAAGUGGCUGGACAAAAAGCGGGCAGAUGGGCAGAUCAGGAGAGUCCUGUUUCCCAAAUACUAAAGGCGCCAGGCUUCCACCAUUACUGUUAUGGCCCAGUAAUUCACUUUUCGCUGGAGUUGAUGGGUGGUGUGACUCCAAACUGAUUCCUUUCCUCACCAUUUGAUUCCUGAAACUGAUUCCUUUUUUUAUUUUUGGUAUUAUUAAAGGCCAGGUUAUAUGAACAGUUUAAAACCUUUUUUUAAAUUUAAAUUUAUGUUCUGCUUUUUAUUCUGGAGAUAACAACUUGCAAAACUUGGCAAACUAAGCUGUAUCAGACACUGCCUCUCUCUCCAAAUCCCAUCAGUGAUCCUGUUAUAUCCUGUGAGCACACGUGGGAUGAAGAGUCUCUAAAGAGGAUGUGUGAAUCUAAGCAGCUUCUCUUGAAGCACUUUGUCCAUCGCAAGGCUAAUUAUUUGCCUAAAAUGACUGCGUGAGGGGAUGUUCCACUCCUAAGGUUAGGCCCACCCCUGGCUUCACCUCCCCUCUAUUAAUGUUUGCCAAACAUCCUUAAACAGGAGACACUCCAGCGGGUAGAAUUUCUCAUCGACUCAAAGCACAAGGCUAACAGUUACUGACAAAAUGGCACCUCUCUCGUGUUAUCGAUGUAUGGUGACUUCAAUGAGACAGGCAUAGCCUUUAUGUUUUGGAACAGGAGACUGCCAAAGGAGCGAGCCUUAAACAGUCAGACAAAGAAAAAAAUGCAGACUGACAAAAGACAGAUGUGACCUUGUGCACGUAGUCUCCGCUUACGGUUAAGCUGGUACCAAGUACCACAGAUUCUCUCUCCCUGGGACUUCUUAACCACACAUACCUGAUGUGACCUGAGACCUUUAAACCUUACCACCAUAAGCAGCCUAGUAUUUCACAUUUGCAGUAGAGGAUGUGCAUUUGAACAACACUUCCUGGCAGUGCUUUUCAAAAAGGUGAAAUGGGUUUUUUGCCUAGUAAUAACACUGUAGUCAUGUAGUAGGUUAUAUUUAGCUGAAAAUGUAUUUUUUGUUGCAUCUGAUUUUCCAGGAUACCCCUAAUUAUGGGGACUUGUCAGGGGACCCAAAAUGUCAGAAGGCUCAGCUUGGGAAAACUCCUCAUCAUUAUUCAAAGACAUUACUUAAACAGAAUUACAGCUAAUUAUGGAAUCUCAGGUUUUCCAGGCACUACAAAGGGGAAUUAUAUUGUAUAUAGGACUACUUAGUUCUUAAAGCUUUUGAAACACUGGGCAUAUGCCCUCGUGCCACCAAUUUCUUUUUUUUUUUUUUUUACAAAGGGUAAAUAUAAGCUUCCAUUAAAAAUUUGAAGUGAUGCUGAUUUUAUUGAAUACGAUUUUAUAUAAAAAUGAAAAGUCAGUUGCAAGAUUGUUGUAAGCCCCCCUACCUCAAUCACCUCUUUAGCACUGGUAAUUAUAUAUCUCAGGCAUGUACUGUACAGAUGAUUUAUUCAUUCAUUAUAAAGGUAUACACAUUCAAUGUUUUGUGUAAAUGAUUGAUGUUGAAAGAUGAAAUUAUACCUAAUAAUACCUAAUACCUAAUAAUAAUUUGGAAAAAAGAGGGGAAUAUAAUUUAUUGAUGUUUAUUGGUGUAAGUUUUUAGAAGAAGAAAUAUAUAUGUGUUUAUAGACAUCAUUGUAUGCUUAUUUUAUAUAAUGGGAGUCUUUUGUAUCAAUUUGUGUGGGUAAACCAGAUUGGGGCAGCUACAAUUGUUUUACCUUAUCUUAAAUCAGGCAUCGCAUGCAAUCUCUCAGGAGCUGACCUUAUGUCACCAGAAGUAAUUUAUGUUUCUAUUUGCAUUAAGAAACUCACCCAUGUUUUGCUUACUUUAUAAUUGUACUGUCCUCACAUACAAAUGAUUAAUUCACUAAUAACAAUUGCAGUUUCAGUUGUCUGUACUGAUGAGUGUUGGUGCCAUUAGAGCCGAUUGUUCUUAACACUCCAAGACGACAAAUUCUAAUGGAAAAUACAGUAGUACAGAAAAGAGUAGAAGAAAAUGAUCCCCUGUAUAUCAGUAACAGAAAAGGUGAUUUCAGUUUGAUGAAACAAUGAUCUGGUUUUGGUGAUAAAUCAGUGGUUAAAACAGUGUGUUGGCU